ACUGCAGUCAGGGGCUUCUCAGUGCAAGAGACCAAAAAUGGUUGCUGCCAUCUUGUUUGUUUUCAGUGGGAGGAGGAAGAGGAGGGGUGGAAAAAGUAAACUACAGUACAGCCGCCCCGAAAAAUUGGAGCGUAAUUGAAGUCUCUAACCUUUGUCCCUGCAAGUCGGCGGUCCCCGUCCCCUCCUCCCCCUUGGGCGAGAAGGUGCUGGGUCAAUGUUUUACGCCCACUUUGUACUCAGCAAGCGUGGGCCGCUGGCCAAGAUCUGGCUAGCGGCCCACUGGGAUAAGAAGCUCACCAAGGCUCAUGUGUUUGAAUGCAACCUGGAGAGCAGUGUGGAGAGCAUCAUCUGCCCCAAGGUGAAAAUGGCCCUGCGUACAUCAGGUCAUCUGCUCCUGGGGGUGGUGAGGAUCUACAACAGGAAAGCCAAGUACUUGUUGGCUGACUGUAACGAGGCUUUCAUCAAGAUCAAGAUGGCCUUCAGACCAGGUGUGGUGGAUCUGCCAGAGGAGAACAGAGAAGCUGCCUACAACGCCAUCACCAUGCCAGAAGAGUUCCACGACUUCGACCAGCCACUACCAGACCUAGAUGACAUCGACGUAACCAAGCAGUUCACAUUGAACCAGAGUCGAGUGGAAGAGAUCACCAUGAGGGAGGAGGUGGGCAACCUGAACCUGCUGCAGGAGAUUGACUUCGCUGACUUUGGGAUGGAUGACCGGGAGAUGAUGCGGGAAGAGAGUGCCUUCGAGGUGGACAUCAUCCACGGUGCAUCAGCCUCCAACCUGCUCCUAGACCCAGAGACCUCUGAGGCCCAGAUCACAGACACGUCCAACCACCUGGAGUAUGACGACCAGUACAAAGAUGACUUCGGAGAGAUCCCCAUGGCUGACAGCGAAGGAGGCAUGCUGGUUGACAAGCUCCUAAGUAACAAGGAUGGGGGUGGCAUUUUCGAUGACCCUCCCGCCAUCACAGAGAGUGUGCUGAGGCUGCAGGAACACGAUGUCGAAGAUGACUUUGAUGCCCUCUCACCGGGAGGUCCAGACAGCCCAGACUCAGGCCCAGCAGAGCCCCUGCCCGCCAUGCAGGACCAGACAGAGCAGACCACGCUGGUACACAACGAGGAGGAGGCUUUCGCCCUGGAGCCCAUCGACAUCACAGUGAAGGAAACCAAAGCCAAGAGGAAGAGGAAGCUGAUUGUGGACAACCUGAAGGAGCUGGAUAGCAAGACCAUCCGUGCCCAGCUCAGCGACUACUCUGACAUCGUCACCACGCUGGACCUUGCGCCACCCACCAAGAAGCUGAUGAUGUGGAAAGAGACGGGAGGCGUGGAGAAGCUCUUCUCUCUGCCAGCACAGCCCCUCUGGAACAGCAGGCUUCUCAAGAUGUUCACCCGCACCCUGACCCCCCUGGUUCCAGAUGAGAUGAGGAAGAGGCGGAAGGGAGGUGAGGCAGACAGCCUGGAUGAGUUCUUGAAGGACCUGGAGAACCCUGAGGUGCCCAGAGAGGAGGUCAUGCAGAGGGACAUCAUCGACCAGACCAUCCUGGAGGAGCCCAGUGUACUGCAGGCAUCGGCCAUGGAGGGCAGCAGGACCACCCUGGACGAGUCAGUCAUGCCCCCACCCUCCUCCAUGCACGGCCAGAAACGCAAGGCCCAGGACACAGAGCCAGCCUUGCCCAUGGGUACUCUGGAACAGGCUGCCAACCAUUCAGGUGUGUCCCAGCAAUUGGACAUAACGGUGGAGCUGCCCCCUGAGGACAGCACCAACUUCAGCCAGUUCCCCGAGCUGGACCUGAUAGGGGAGAAAAAGGACAAGAAGGAAGGAGAGGACGACUCAGACGAGGAGGAUGAGGAAGGUCAGGCCGGAGAACAGGCCCGAGAGGAGAGGAGGUGGAACAAGAGAACCCAGCAGAUGCUCCACGGCCUACAGAGGGUGAUGGCCAAGACGGGGGCCCAGCAAAUUAGCCUGCUGGAUCUGUGCAGGAACAACAACAAGAAGCAGGCUGCCGCCAAGUUCUACAGCUUCCUGGUUCUAAAGAAGCAGCAGGCGGUGGAGCUCAACCAGACAGAGCACUACAGCGACAUCAUCGCCACCCCUGGAGCCCGCUUCCACCUAAUCUAGACUUGACACUGGCUGCUUUUACUCUAAAACUGUUGUUUUGUAUAGAAUGUUAUUUAGUUCUCUAACACUGUGCAUAUACAUUUGUUUUAUUUUUUUACCUACGCUGAACAAAAAUAUAAAUACAACCGGCAACAUUUUCAAAUCUAUGGAUUUCACACGACUGGGCAGGGGCGCAGCCACGGGUGGGCCUGAGAGGGCAUAGGCCUACCCACUGGGGAGCCACGUCCAGCCAAUUAGUUUUUCCCCACAAAAGGGCUUUAUUAUAGACAGAAAUACUUCUCAGCACCCCCCCCCCCCCCCGCAGGUGAAGAAGCCUGGGCCUGUGUGGCUCCACCUGGUCUGUGGUUGUGAGGCCGGUUGGAAGUACUGCCAAAUUCUCUAAAAUUACGAUGUGCAUAAAAUGACUUAUGGUAGAAAAAUGUGUAUUGAAUUCUCUGGCAACAGCUUUGGUGGAGAUUCCUGCAGUCAACAUGCCAAUUGCACGCUCCCUCAAAACUUGAGACAUUGUGUUAUGUGACAAAACUGCACAUUUUAGUGGGCUUUUAUUGUCCCCAGCACAGUGGACAUGUGUAAUGAUCAUGCUGUUUAAUCAGUUUCUUGAUAUGCCAUGCCUGCCAGGUAGAAAUGCUCACCAACAGCGAUGUAAACAAAUUUGUGCCCAAAAUUGGAGAAAUUGUUUUUUUGAGCGUAUGGAAAAUGUAUGGGAACUCUUUCAGAUCGUGAAACAUGGGACCAACAUUUUUGUUCAGUAUGUGCUUUUUUUGUCUAGAGGUUUUUUUUUUUUUUUAAAUUGAAAGGUCAAGUGGCGGUUGGCGGGGGGGAUGAAGUCACUGAAUGUCAUGAUUGGUGGGAUUAUUGUAUGCCUCCUGUCUUUGGCUUUUGUUAUCCAAUGAAAGCUCUUUAUGUUUUGAUAGAAUGUGAGCGAUAAUCCAAUCAUGUGUUGCAUUCAGAGGUUCCAUUUCCCUCCCAUAAAAAAAACAAGUUCUCAUGUUUUAUACCCUUUAGCUAAAAGAAGCGUGUAGUACUGGGCAAGUUUCUGAAACAAACCAGCAAUCUUAUCUUGAAGACCAACGGUAGCUUAGUAGUUUCAAGCAUUCCAAUGGGUUCGUUUUUAAAUUCUGUUUACUAGUGCUUGUGUCUCUUGACUGUACUUUAUAUUUGACAUUUAAAAUGUCUCCGUUGUUGUGAUUUGAGGAUCAUGUAGAUUUUAAAAAUAACUACUCUUUAUUGCAUGCUCCAUUUUGAAAUAUACUUUAUUCCAAUUAAUUGCUCCUGAAAUUGUAUUUCUUGAAUAAUUACCUUUGUUUCAAGUCACAUACUGUGACAAUGAAAAUACUCGUAUCAACUAUCUAAUGCAGAUGUUAAUGGUUUGGUCAGAAUUAGACUUAAACGCUGCAUCUUUCACAUAUUUUGAAGCUAUUGUCAUUUUCAUCACACUCUAAAUUAAGACAACUCAGCCCAGUGGGUGUCAGGAAACAUUUAAUUCAACUUUGAUGCAGCUGAAUGUCAAGAAAUCUCUGGUAUAUAGAAAACUUUAAUUUGGUAUUCAUUAAUUAAAACAGUUUUGAUGGAAACUUGCAUAGGUGUUUAGACUCGUUGCGAGUCAUUCUUGAAUACGCUAUUGCUCGUCUUAUCAUGGUUCAUAGCUGCAGAGGACAAGUAGAUUUAUAGUUUUCUGACCAUCCUUUACAAUGAAUGCAUUGUUUUGAUAUCCACAGACUCCCUCUGAAAUUGUAUAUGAUGUAAUGUUUCAGUGCAUCCCCUUUUAAACUAUGUGCCAGUAAACUUCCAUUUUCCUUUUUGUAUAAAACCCAAAAUGUCUUGUAGAUAUUGUUGCUCAAAUGUGUUCUAACUCAGAUGUUUGAUGCCAUGCUUGUAGUCCUGAGCCCCAGCAACUGAUGUAAGUUUUCUAA